UGUUUUUUAACAGGUUGGAUGCUCUGCACGGAACUUUUUCAUUUUCUUCUUGAGAGUAAUCUCUUUUUGCAAAGAGGCCGCCAACUCUUGUACCAUCACGGCGUCGGAGGGCCAGUCGACCUCUCUGCUCGCGAAAAAUGGCGGCGGCAGCGGAAGGUUUGGCUGCCUACAGGGCGGUGCUGCGGGCGGCGCGGCGGACGUUCGCGGGCGACCAGCUGAUGCUGAAGGAGUCUGCGGUGGAGAUCCGGCGCCGCUUUGAGGACCACCGUGGUCUAACCCCGGGCUCCGACGAUGCAGCGCGUGCCCUCGCCGACGCCCGCGAGGCGGCGCACUUCAUCACCCAUAUGAUAGUCCAGGCCACACGCGCACCCUCCGGAUCCUUCGUUCUGCUUUGCAGUUGUGAAGCCUGAGAGUGUUCAUGCUGGAGCUACACUGGAAGUUCCUUCCGAGGAGAUCCUUUCAAAGUUGAAGUAGGUCACUAGCAUUGCUGAAGUAGGUCACCAUCUUCAUGCUAGUAAAAUAAGACCAGUUUGCAACGGUUGAUUCUUGUGUUGCAUACUGGUGCACUUAGUAGCUUCACACUUUUGCUUUUAUUAUUAUUAUUAUUAUUACUGAGAGCAUUUAGCGGCACCAAGGUACCGGUGUCUUCGAUGCAAAGUAGUGUGAAACGGCUAUUGAGGUUUUUGAAAAUCGACUGUAUGAUGAGGAAUUAUGCAAAUAGGAAAAUUGCAGUGCCGUGGACUUGAUCA